AUGCGUUUCUUUCUUCUCUUUUUCUUUCUAUUCCAUUUCCGUUUUCAGAAUGUUCUUCCAUCUCCAAUCUCAGAAUACCGCGCACUUCUUUCUUUCCGUGAAACAAUUACGGAUUCUACCCCUCCCGUUCUCUCUUCAUGGAACAUCUCAACCACACACUGUAUCUGGUUAGGCGUCACAUGCGACGCACGCCGCCACGUCACCGCUCUUAACCUCACCGGACUUAACCUCUCCGGCACACUCUCGGAUAAUCUUGCUCACCUUCCAUUUCUCUCUAACCUUUCCUUAGCUGAUAACAAAUUCUCCGGUCCCAUCCCUCCGUCGCUCUCCGCCGUAUCCGGUCUCCGGUUGCUUAACCUCUCCAACAAUGUCUUCAACGGAACUUUUCCGGCCGAACUUUCUCAGCUCAAGAGCCUCGAGAUUCUUGACCUGUACAACAACAACAUGACCGGAACACUUCCUCUUGCUGUCACCGAGUUACCGAAUCUCCGUCAUUUGCAUCUCGGUGGUAACUACUUUACCGGUCAGAUCCCGCCGGAGUAUGGACUAUGGCAACAGUUAGAGUAUUUAGCUGUUUCCGGUAACGAACUUGCCGGGACUAUUCCGCCGGAAAUCGGAAACUUAACCAGUCUCCGAGAGCUUUACAUUGGAUAUUUCAACACGUACACCGGUGGCAUUCCUCCGGAGAUUGGAAACUUGACUGAGCUUAUCCGUCUCGACGCAGCUUACUGCGGUUUAUCCGGCGAGAUACCGCCGGAGAUGGGGAAGCUUCAGAACCUAGACACACUGUUUCUUCAAGUUAAUGCACUUUCAGGUUCUCUUACAUGGGAGCUUGGAAAUUUGAAAAGCUUGAAAUCCAUGGAUUUGUCUAACAACAUGUUAACCGGUGAGAUUCCGACGAGUUUCAGUGAACUGAAGAAUCUCACGCUUCUUAAUCUUUUUAGAAACAAACUUCACGGAGCUAUUCCGGAGUUUGUCGGAGAUAUGCCGGCGUUGGAGGUUGUUCAGUUGUGGGAGAAUAACUUCACCGGUAACAUUCCGAUGAGUUUGGGAAGAAACGGAAGAUUAACUCUUCUAGAUCUUUCUUCAAACAAGUUAACUGGUACACUUCCACCUUAUUUGUGUUCUGGGAAUCAUCUUCAAACACUGAUAACUCUUGGGAAUUUUCUGUUUGGUCCAAUUCCUGAAUCUCUUGGUAGUUGUGAAUCUUUGAAUAGGAUUCGAAUGGGUGAUAAUUUUCUGAAUGGUUCAAUUCCUAAAGGUCUUUUUGGACUUCCGAAACUAACUCAGGUUGAGCUUCAAGAUAAUUAUCUCUCUGGAAAUUUUCCUGAGACUCAUUCUGUUUCAGUUAAUCUUGGUCAGAUUACUCUCUCAAACAAUCAACUUUCGGGAUCAUUGCCUCCUUCUAUUGGUGAUUUUUCCAGCAUGCAGAAGCUUCUUCUUGAUGGUAACAUGUUUUCUGGUAAGAUUCCAUCACAGAUUGGAAGGUUGCAACAGCUUUCAAAGAUUGAUUUUAGUCAUAACAAGUUUUCUGGUCCUAUUGCGCCUGAGAUUAGUCAAUGCAAGCUUUUAACUUUUGUUGAUCUUAGUCGUAACGAGUUAUCUGGGGUUAUUCCAAAUGAGAUUACUGGUAUGAGGAUAUUGAAUUACUUGAAUAUAUCGAGAAAUCAUUUAGUUGGUAGCAUUCCUGGUUCUAUAGCUUCAAUGCAAAGCUUAACUUCUGUUGAUUUUUCGUAUAACAAUCUAUCUGGUUUGGUUCCUGGUACCGGUCAAUUCAGUUACUUUAACUACACGUCUUUCUUGGGAAACCCUGAUCUCUGUGGACCUUAUUUGGGUGCUUGUAAAGAUGGUGUUGUAAAUGAUGCUAAUCAACCUCAUCAUGACAAGGGUCAUAUUUCUUCUACUGUGAAGCUACUACUUGUUAUUGGGUUGCUUGCAUGCUCCAUUGUAUUUGCUAUUGCAGCCAUAUUCAAGGCCCGGUCUUUGAAGAAGGCUAGCGAGGCUCGUGCGUGGAAAUUGACCUCAUUUCAACGCUUGGAGUUCACUGCUGAUGAUGUUUUGGUUUCCUUGAAGGAGGAUAAUAUCAUAGGAAAAGGAGGUGCUGGCAUUGUUUACAAAGGGACGAUGCCGAAUGGGGAACUUGUUGCUGUUAAAAGGCUUCCGGUUAUGAGCAGAGGUUCAUCUCAUGAUCAUGGAUUCAAUGCUGAGAUUCAGACAUUGGGGAGAAUCCGACAUAGGCACAUUGUUAGGCUGUUGGGUUUCUGUUCAAGCCAUGAGACAAAUCUUUUGGUUUAUGAGUACAUGCCUAAUGGAAGUUUAGGUGAAGUUCUUCAUGGAAAGAAAGGGGGUCAUUUGUAUUGGGAUACCAGGUAUAAAAUUGCUGUGGAGGCUGCAAAGGGACUUUGCUAUUUGCACCAUGAUUGUUCUCCACUUAUUGUUCAUCGAGAUGUAAAAUCAAACAACAUACUUCUUGAUUCUAAUUAUGAAGCCCAUGUUGCUGAUUUCGGGCUGGCCAAGUUCCUGCAAGAUUCUGGAACAUCGGAAUGCAUGUCGGCUAUUGCUGGUUCAUAUGGAUACAUAGCUCCAGAAUACGCGUACACAUUGAAAGUUGACGAGAAAAGCGAUGUAUACAGCUUCGGUGUUGUUCUUUUAGAGCUUGUAACCGGAAGGAAACCAGUAGGAGAAUUCGGGGACGGUGUGGACAUUGUGCAAUGGGUGAGAAAAAUGACAGACUCCAACAAAGAAGGAGUUCUAAAAGUCCUAGAUCCUAGACUUUCAUCAGUUCCACUUCAUGAGGUCAUGCAUGUUUUCUAUGUAGCCAUUCUCUGUGUUGAAGAACAAGCAGUAGAAAGACCAACCAUGCGCGAAGUUGUUCAAAUUCUGACAGAGCUUCCAAAGUCACCCGAGUCUAAACUAGGAGACUCAACAUUUACAGAAUCCUCUUUGUCACCAUCAAACGCUUUAGAAUCUCCAACUUCAGCCUCGAAAGAUCAUCAACAUCCUCCGCAAUCUCCACCGCCCGAUCUCCUAAGCAUUUGA